UACGUUCAUUCGUUCCGCUGGCUGAGGGCUGAGAGAGGAGCGCUCAAGAGGAGAGUGUUUGGAAGACCAGUGACACGCUGCUGCUGUUUUCUCCAAAAGAACCCCCCCCCGAAGUGUCAGGAGUCGGCUUUUCUUUUUGCCAGCACUCCUCCUCAUUCCCGUUUACUUCACCUCUCUCUCUGUAUUGCCGUGUCCGUCCAAUGACUUCUCUCAUUGACUCACUCCUCCCUCCUUCGGCUGGCUGACUGAGUGCACUGACACUGGGACCACUACCUGCUGCCUGGGGAUCAAGCGUGACAUGAAUACCCGGAGCUUAAUUUGUUGUUUUGGCUCAAAGUGAAUGUUGGAACCCCACGGAAGAGAAGCUGGUGCAUAAAUCCUUGCGGCCAGGACAGUGGAAGCUCCUCUGGACAAAGACCAAUGUAAAUGGGAAUGGAUGCUUGAGGAAGUGUCUAAAAGAGAAAUGAGCAACCAGAGAAUUAAAGAAAAGACUGGACAAGUUCUUUAAUGAAAGGCAAAUACAGAAGAAGCGAAAUCAACCCCAGUCUGGACACAAUGACAACCUUUUCCUCUCAUUAUUUAGUUAGGAUUCUCUGUCAGCGUGCUGAAACAAGGGAAGAAAGCCCAGCAAAUCUCCGCCUCCAGCUUCUUGGUUGAUUUCUGAUCACACAGGUUUUUCUCUUUUUCUUUCCAUUAUUCAUUUAGAGUGUCUCUGUGUUUUGCUGCUCAUGCGUAGCUGCUUGGGGGAGAAGCCGGCUCUGCACUGACAGAUCGAGUGGGGAUUGCGAUCGUUCUCCUCUCCAACUUUUUCCCCCGCUCCACCACUUCUUCUGACCUGCAUUCAGCCAAAACGCACCAGCAGGAUGGGGAACAGUCGCUUACCCACUCCAUGAGACUGGCCGGGAAUAAAUGUUAUUGAACCGAGGAGGAGUGGCAGGAACACAGGAGAGAAGGGGAGGAAAAACAAACCAUCUCCGUGAAGCAGGGAGCAUAUGGUUUAGCGAGAGGCAGCCAGCUGCUUUCCAGCCAUCCUGCUAAUCACGCUACAGCAAAUACAAGUUGCUCCGGUGACGGUGUCAGGUUUGGACGGAUCUUAUGUGCUGUGGUUGUAUAUCUCUUCACCGUGACAGAAGGUCCCAGACCAUAAGCAAAGGAGUCAAUCCAGUGGAUACAAAGAAGCAGUUGUGUUGAGUUAGAGGGACGCUGGGCAUAUCAUUGCUCGGGAUAGCAACUGACCCUUGUUGCCCAACAGGCCACAGCCACAAGGAGGCUGGAAAACAUGCUCGACAGUCACCUAUUAGGAAAAUACUUGUGACACAUGUUGUUGGUGAGCACCAGACCUUGGCUUAGUUUGUAAAGGCUUUUGACAAGGAAAGGCGGGGAAACGGUCUUGGAGUCUGCACCCCCAGACCCCUUUCACGUCCAUUUAAUUACCAGUCAGGGUCACUGGGAGGAAAGCCGAGGGUUCCUUUUGUGGAUUUACUGUGUGGCAACUUGGAAGUUUUCUGUGUGGCUAUUUGACAAUUCAACACCCACACCUUUACGCACACAUUUCUGGCUUAGGUGCCUCUCACACACAUACAUGCCAAAAGCGCACUGACACACAUUUACACACAUAAUUACACAAAAUUACCACACACGUUUGCACUGUAAGUAUAAACCACAACACACACACACACAUACUCGCACAUUGAAAGUCCAUUAGUUUGUCUUUUUUCUAGCAGGCAUGGAGGUCACGUGGACAGGUGGGGGGCUGUAGAAGUCCAAUAUCCCUGUCCCCCUGUCUGUCCUCUUUCUCCAAAAUUCUCAAAAAAUGUGUUGCUUGGAAACCACUGAAAGCUUGCUGCUGCGAUUUACCGACAGAAACAGUCACCGGGUCCCCGCCACAGUGCACAGCUGGAACCGCAGCUGAAACAUCGACCAUUACGCAUCUUUUUUGCUUUUUAUUUUAUCUUCAUCUUCGUCCUCUGCCUUUACCCCGCCGCCAUCAUUUUUUCCAACGGGUCUUUAGGCACCCCUCGUCGCCCUCCUCGGCCCGUCAUCUCCUCCACCCCGGAGGGGAGGGGGUCAUUGGAGUGGAGCAUGAGCGGGUGCCACUAUCCCUCGCCACCGCCACUGGAGCAGGAACGCAGGUACCAACACAAGGUGUCCCUGGUGGUACGCUACUUCAUGAUCCCCUGCAACAUCUGUCUGAUCCUGCUGGCCACAUCUACACUGGGCUUCGCCGUGCUCCUGUUCCUCAACAACUACAAACCUCCUCACUUCACACCGGCUCAGCCUCCUGAUGGCUGCAGAGGAAUGUUGUGUGGCUUUGGCGCUGUAUGUGAACGUGACCCGACUGACCCGGCCAAAGCUGAGUGUUUUUGCAAGAGAGUGGAUUGUCCAUCCUUGGUGGCGCCUGUUUGUGGCUCGGAUUCCUCCACCUACUCCAAUGAGUGUGAGCUUGAGAAAGCCCAGUGCAACACACAGCGACGCAUUAAGGUGCUGCGCAAGGGACCCUGCUCUCUGAAGGACCCCUGCAAUGAGGUGGCCUGCAGUUAUGGAAGCACCUGUGUCCAGUCUUCAGAUGGCUUGUCGGCUAAAUGCAUGUGCCCCCUCGGCUGCGAGGGCAAACCCAAGCAGACAGUGUGCGGCAGUGAUGGAAAGGACUACCGCAACGAGUGUGAGCUCCAUCAGAGCGCCUGCAAGAUUCAAAAGAACAUACGAGUGCAAUAUCAAGGGCACUGUGACCCAUGUAAAGACAAUGAGAACAGUCUGAACACAAUGUGCAGGGUGGAGGCUCUCACCCGCCAGCCCCUUAUCUUUGGCCCGCCAUCUUCGUGCCCCCCAGCUAAUGAGCCUCUGUGUGCCAGCGACGGCCAAACUUACCCCAGCGAGUGUGCAAUGACAGCAACGGCCAUGCAGAAGAGCAUCAAGCUCAAGAAGAUCCAUGCAGGACGAUGCAACAGUCUGGAGGACUGUAAGGAGGAGUGCCUCUUCAACUCUGUGUGUCUGGUGGAACAGCUGAAGGCCCGCUGCUCCUGCGAUCCCAUCGAAUGUGACGGCACCUACAAGCCUGUGUGCGGCAAGGACGGCCACACCUACACCAACGACUGUGUUCGACGCAAGGCGGAGUGUCUGAGCAAGACCCUUAUCCCCAUCAAGGAGCCAGGGCCCUGUGAUCUCAGCAUACCAAGCCCCUGCUUGAAUAAGACGUGCGAUCAUGGGGCACUGUGCGUGGUCAAAAACAACAAGCCAGUGUGCGAGUGCCCCGAGGCCUGCCCACAAACGUCUGACCCAGUGUGCGGAUCCGAUGGCCACAGCUACGGCAGUUCCUGCGAGAUGCGAGCGAUGGGUUGUGCCCUACAGAAGGCCAUCCACAUCCAACACAAAGGACCCUGCGAUGAGGCUUGUGCCAACUGCUCUUUCGGGGCAAUCUGCGAUGCCCAGAGCGGGCAGUGUGUGUGUGCUUCAGAGUGUGUGGUGUCCCACCAGCCUGUGUGUGGCAGCGAUGGCACCACCUACAAUAGCGAGUGUGAGCUGCACGUGCGGGCCUGCAAUGAACAGAUGGACCUCCGAGUGGUCAGCCAAGGAGAGUGCAAAACAUGCGGCAGCACUGUUUGUGCCUGGGGUGCCCGGUGUGUCCAGAAUAAGUGUGAGUGCCCACAGUGCUCAGGCGAGGCCUUCUCCCCAGUAUGUGGAAGUGAUAGCACCACCUACAACAAUGAGUGUGAACUCCGCAUGUCCUCCUGCAUGCAGAAGAGGAGAAUUGAUGUGGCAAAGCCCGGCAGCUGUGACGAAGACUGUGGCUCAGGAGCGUCAGGCUCAGGGGCAGAGAGCUGUGAACAAGAACACUGUCGCAUAUUUGGUGGCUCGUGGGAUGAGGAUGCAGAGGACGACCGUUGUGUCUGUGACUUCACCUGCCAAAGUGUGCUUACCAACCUGGUUUGUGGCUCAGAUGGAAAAAACUACAGCAAUGAGUGUGAGCUGAAGAAGGCCAGAUGUGAGAAACAAGAGCACUUGUUGAUUCAGAAUCAGGGACCCUGUACAGCGAUUUCAGCCACAUCUCUGCCUGAGCCCACAUCACCCCAGCACUGCAGUCUGUCUGUGUACGGCUGCUGCUCCGACAACGUGACAGCUGCCUUAGGAGUUGGACUGGCUGGAUGUCCCAGUACCUGUCAGUGUAAUGUCCACGGCUCCUACAAGGGGACAUGUGAUCCAGCCACCGGCCAGUGCUCAUGUAAGCCGGGUGUCGGGGGACAGAAGUGUGACCGCUGCGAGCCGGGCUUCUGGAACUUCCGUGGCAUUGUGACAGAGAACAUGAGCGGCUGCACACCGUGUAAAUGCAACGCCACGGGCUCUGUCCGAGAUGACUGCGAGCAGAUGUCGGGUCUGUGUUCCUGCAAGACCGGAGUGAAGGGCAUGAAGUGCAACAUGUGUCCAGAUGGAAGCAAGAUGGGCAUGAAUGGCUGUGACAAAGGUCCCGAGGCCCCAACUUCAUGUGAAGAGUUAGUGUGCAGUUUUGGAGCUUCUUGCAUCAAGGUGAACGGCCAAGCUCACUGCGAGUGCCCUCCACCGGACUGUGAUGAGAAAAAUAAAACCAAGGUGUGUGGCUCAGAUGGGGUGACCUAUGCCGACCAGUGCCAGCUGAGGACCAUAGCCUGUAGGCAGGACAAGGACAUCACAGUGAAACACUCCGGACAGUGCACAGAAAUCAUCUCUGAGCCGGCAGACCGACCCACCCCCAACCCCUCCAUCACCACCCCUGCCCCCUUCCACCCCAACAACGUGUGGGCCAUCCCGCCUCCGAGGACGGCCGAAAGCGAGACCACUGAGCAGCCCACAGCCACCACCCCCUAUUCCCCCCUCACCCACAACCGCGCACGAGCAAACCACCGCCACCCCAUCCACAUCCAGCCGCAGUCCACCGCUGCCACCACCUCCUCCUCUCGCAGCAGCCCUGCCCCGUCUGCCGCUGCAACUUCCUUCGAGGGCUCGGGCAGCGGCGAGCCAAGCGGUGACGACGCGACUGAAGAAGAGGAUGAGCAGGAAGUGGAAGGAGGUAGCGGCAUCCCAACGGAGGCCAGUGGGGCAGAGGAGCCUGUCGGUCCCACGGUAGCAAGUACCACUGUACCCACAGCUGAGGACCGGUCAUCCUGUGACAACACAGAGUUCGGCUGCUGCCCUGAUGGCAAGACACCGUCCAGCACUCCAGAGGGCGCCAACUGCCCCUCCACCAUGAGGUUCAGCGGUUUCCUGCACUUGGACCAGGUGGAGGGCCAAGAGAUUUUCUACACCCCCGAGAUGGAGGACCCCAAGUCAGAGCUGUUUGGAGAGACGGCCCGCAGCAUAGAGAGUGCUCUCAAUGAGUUGUUCAGGAAAUCGGAGGUGCGCAAAGACUUUAUGAGUGUUCGUGUUCGUAACCUGGCGCCCAGCAACUCUAUCCUGGCCUUUGUGGAGGCACACUUCAAACCAGAUACGAGAUACACAGUGGAGGACAUGGAAGGGGCCCUGCUGAAACAGCUGAAGGCCUCCAAAGAGACCAGCAUCGCCGUGAAGAAGCCAGAGGAUGAGAAUAUCCGCUUCACCAAUUAUGGCCUCUCCUCCAUCCCCUUCUUCACCACCACUACCACCACCACGGCGUCAAUCACCACAGCUGCUCCUACCACCACCACGACUACCACCAGGCCUGUGCCAACCUCUCCAUACAUCACCCGUCGCCCACCAGGCACUACUCGCAGGCCUUACAAUGGCAGACGUACCACCACAACCUCAGUGCCGGUCACCACGCCUCUUCCAACCACCACCACCACCACCACCACCACGGCAGCUGUCACCACAACUGCGCAGCCUCCAGCCACCACCAUAGCCCAUGUUAGGGGUAGGCUUCACCACAAGGCUCAGAAGCCCUGCAGCUCCCACCCCUGCCUCCACGGGGGCACCUGCGAGGACAAUGGCAGCGACUUCAGCUGCAAGUGCCCCGCAGGGCGAGGAGGCUCAGUGUGUGAAAAGUUGAUCAAGUACUUCAUCCCGUCAUUUGGAGGCCAAUCGUACUUGGCUUUUCAAACCAUGAGUGCCUAUCACACGGUCCGCAUUGCUAUGGAGUUCAGAGCAUCCGAGACGACCGGCAUCCUGCUCUACAAUGGCCAGGAUCGCAAGAAGGACUUCAUCUCUCUGUCUCUGGUCAAUGGCAGGGUGGAGCUCAGGUUCAACACAGGUUCGGGGACAGGGACAGUGGUCAGCAAAGUACAAAUCAAUCAGGGCCGCUGGCAUCAGCUGGUGGUGACACGCAACCGGCGCAGCGCCAUGCUCAGCGUGGACAACGAGCCGCACAUCGUGGGCGAGAGUCCACACGGCACAGACGGCCUCAACCUCGACACCCACCUGUUCAUUGGAGGAGUGCCCGAGGAAAUGAAGCAGGAUGUAAGGGAAAGGACAGCGGUGGCCACAGGUCUGGUGGGCUGCAUCCGCUUGCUGGAUGUCAACAACCGGGUGCUCAACCUGCAGGAGAACGGUGGUGACAGUCUGUACGGCAGCGGUGUGGGUGAAUGUGGCAACAACCCCUGCCAGCCAAAUCCAUGCAAGAAUGGCGCUGCAUGCCAGGUCAAGGAGGCAGAGAUGUUCCACUGCAAGUGCAGCAAAGGAUUUUGGGGUCCAACUUGUGCUGACGUCCAUGACCCAUGCGAGCCCAACAGGUGCCAUCCAUCUUCCCAGUGCCAGGCGCUGCCCGAGGGAGGCUACAAAUGCGAAUGUCCCAUGGGACGUGAAGGGAGGCACUGUGAGAAAGUGGCUGAGCGGAGAGGGGCUUACAUGCCACUAUUCAACGGAGACUCUUUCCUGGAGCUGAAAGGGCUCCAUCUCUAUGGGCAUGACCUGCGUCAAAAGCUCAGCAUGACAGUGAUUCUCAUGGCCAAUGACUCCAAUGGUCUGAUCUUCUAUAACGGCCAAAAGUCUGACGGAAAAGGAGAUUUCAUCUCUCUGUCACUCAGUGAGGGGAUCCUGGAGUUCCGCUACGACCUGGGGAAGGGACCCGCUACCAUCAGGAGUAAGGAAGCAAUCCAGCUGAACGUGUGGAACACUAUCGACCUGGAGCGUUCCAACCGCAAGGGAGAGAUCAUGGUGAACAAGAAGGACCCUGUCCGAGGGGAGGCACCAAAAUCACGCAAGAACCUGCACGUAGAUCUUAACCUGAAAGAGUCUCUUUUUGUUGGUGGAGCUCCCGAUUACAGCCGACUAGCAAGGGUCGCUGCACUCACGGAUGGCUUCAAGGGAACAAUCCAAAAGAUCAUUCUGAUGGGUACCCCCAUCCUCAGAGAGGAGAAUGCCCUGCGCUCCAGCAACGUAGCCAUGUUCCAGGACCACCCUUGUUCCCAGGAGCCCUGCCACAACGGCGGCCGCUGCAAUCCCCAGCUGGACACCUACGAGUGCAUUUGCCUCAGUGGUUUCUCAGGAGGACACUGUCAGAACACCAUCUACGAGAAGUCUGCCGGAGAGACAGAAGCCAUCGCGUUUGAUGGGCGGACGUUCAUCGAGUACCACAAUGCUGUUACAAAGAGUGAGAAGGCUCUGCUGGUGAACAAAUUUGAGCUGAGCAUCCGGACGGAGGCGACCCAGGGCCUGGUGCUGUGGAGCGGGAAGGGCGUGGAACGCUCUGACUACAUUGCCCUGGCCAUUGUGGACGGACAUGUCCAGAUGACGUACGAUUUGGGCUCCAAGCCCGUGGUGCUGCGCUCCUCAGUGCGGGUUGACACCAACCGCUGGAUACGCAUUAAGGCUAGCAGAGCACUUAGAGACGGCUCUCUACAGGUUGGCAAUGAAGCAGCAGUAACAGGGUCGUCGCCUUUGGCAGCAACACAGCUGGACACAGACGGAGCGCUCUGGUUGGGUGGUCUGGAGGAGCUGGUGGUGGCCCGUCGGUUACCCAAGGCCUACAGCACCGGCUUUGUUGGCUGCAUCAAGGAUGUGGUGGUGGACGGCGUGGAGCUCCACCUGGUGGAGGACGCCUUAAACAGCCCUAAAAUAUUACACUGUUCCGCCGCCAAAUAACCUGGCAGAGACAAAAUAUUAAAGGAAAAAUGAGAAAAAAAAUGAUACCCUCCCACCUGGUCCCUCCAUAGCACCCAUGUCUCCUGCUGUAAUUAUUUUGUAUUUUUGUAUACUUUUCAUCGCUUUUUAUAUGGAAAGAAAAUGAAUAUGUUGUUUUGAUUUUUGUUUUAUAUAUUUUGUUCUUCUUUUUUUUUAUCUGCACCUCCGUUCACAGAACACACUUUCUUUUCUUUACUCCCAUAGCCCUUCAGCUUUUUCAAAAAGCAGGCUUCUCUGUGAAAAAGAGAUCUUUUAUUCUUGUCAGUUUUGUUGUUUUAAAACAAACGUCAGCAUAAAAAAAUAAUUGCCUGCUUCUUUUCUUCGCUCAUUACUUGAAUAUACUGAUGGACCUUGCUGAUGAUCCCUGGUUACUGCCUUGUCUUGGUGCCAUAUCUAUCGUCCACAUUCCCCAAGCAUGGCCAAUACAUUCAUGAAUAUAAAGACUUACAUUCCCCCGUGUAAGCUGGACGCAGAGUAUGCUGUGGCCAGUGUGUGCAGUUCUGUAAUGCUGCAGCCAGCUUGCAUCUCCAGUCAAGAAACUGUAUUCAGCCCCGGUAACCCUCUGUAUUUUCCUAAUGGGACUUUUCAGAUAUUAGUCAAGCUGCUACAGUGAGAAAGUACACAGUCAAAACCACUCGAUCAACCCCCAUCUCACAGCGCCAAGAAAAAAGGAAAAAACUCUCCACUCGAUCUGAAUCCCAUCAGAGCCUUUAGUUUUGAAAUAUGACUCACGAACACUGCAACCCGACAUCACGGAGAGAGAGCGCUGCGUUCCACAAUGACUCGCAUAUCAUUAGUCAUAAGUCAAGACAUGAAUCAUAGACAUGAAUAAAUGUUAUAAAUAUAGAGUAUAUAAAUAAUACCUGAGACUGUGAAUAUGUAAGAUGGGUUCUCUUUGCAGAAUUGUGCUUCUCAUGUAAUAUUGUGCGUUCUGUUUUACAAUCAGCAGAUGAACUAAUGAUGACCACUAUAAAUGCAUGCACUUCUGCAGUGUUGGUUUGAAUCUGGUUUUUGUUUGUUUGUUUUUUUUAUUCACAUUUUGUUCCAAAAAAAAACAAAACUUUCUAUUUUGGAAAAUGUCACUUUUUGGGGGUUUGUUUGUUUGUUUUUUGCAAUAACUAUAAAACUCUUACUUUUUUUCUUUUAGAACCACUGAUGUAAUUUCAGAAAAUACAGAGCUCAGAAUAACGUUUGACAUUUGUUCAUUCCCUGUAUCUUUUUUGGUCGUCUUUAUUUUUCUUGGGAGCAGUUAGUUUUGCAGGACCAUAAAUGAUGCAUAAGGGGUUGUUACCAAAUCUGACCUUAAGGAGGUGCUGAAAGCAAAGACUGAAGAAAAGGACAGACAGAAAGGAGGCAAGAAGAGAUCUUAUCAUUGGGAAGUGCUACUAGACUUGGGAAUGUCCUGUGAAACGACAGUCAGUCGUCAGUACAAACAAAAAUGCUGCCUGAAACUUAAUUUUGUUUUCCCGUAUUUGACCUAGGAGCAUUCCUGGAGGAGUCUUUAUUUGGCUGGUGAGAGAGACUGUGACGUUGUUGUGACCUUUUCAAGCCAUAACAGCCGCGAAAAUGGGAGAAGAUGCAUAACCCUACAGUACUUGCAAAUUAACAUAGUAACGCAUGGAUUUGUAUUACUAGUGCAAAUUCUGUACCAUUCAGUGAACUGAUGCAACGUGGAGCCGUCUUUGCUGAACCACAAUAAGCUGCGAUGACUGACUUAAAGACACUUGUUUUGAUAUGAGAACCUUGGCAAUAUUAUAAGAAAAAAUCAUGCCUGUUCGUGAUAGAGUAUCAAAUGGUCUUUUUUUUCAUAAUUAUGUUUUCCUUCUUAAAUCAUCAAACAACCUGUUUUUGUACAGCCCUGCAAGUUUAAAGUGUAAAUUUAGCAAAUGUGUGAUCUGUGGAGGUUUAUGUUUUUAGUAAUAUACACUGGAACCAUGUCUGACUUGUCUGUUCACCCACACGAUGAUAUACCUUUGUACAUGGGGGAGGGAUAGCCCUAAAGCUAUAACUGUGUUGUGUGUAAUCAAGCUCUGAGUGUCCACACCAGAUUAGGAAAACCUUUCUGGUGUACUAAGACACGUUGAAAUUCCAGCACUCACUCUAUUAACCUUAGACUGGUCUAAUUUUACCACACCGUUCACUGAAUUUGAUGAAUUUGGUAAGACUGAAUAAAAGAGAGCGAUUCCUGUGUAUUUGGAAGGACUUAAGAACAAUGAAGACAAUUGCAGUCUAUGGUUUGGGUGGAAACUAUUAGUUGCCUUAAAAACUGGUCACCCUGACUCUGAGCAGGUGGCAAAGCCGUUAUCCAUAUAACUGUUUCCUUACUUUAGCCAGUGUAUUAGCCUCAUCCCCAUAAUGUAAAUGAGUAAUAAAUAAUAAUGAUAACUAUAUUAGUAAUAAUGCUCAUACAGAAAUAAAUCCCAGGGGGGCUCUGCAAUUGUCCCCUCUGGCUUUUUACAAAAAAUCUUCUAUUUACUGUUUUUUGAAUCUAUUUUCUGUUCCUUAUUUAUGUCUACAUGUGAUUACCCUCCAUUUCUGGCCUCUGUAAACUACUGUCUGACUGCGCAAACCUCUUCAAAGGGCAGUGCACCGAGUAAGAGUGGCAUGACCUGAACAUUACUAACUUUAUGACCUUUGUCUUGUGUUCCUACCACCAUGAAAUAAAAUGUCAACCAAAUGGGAA